AUGUAUUCCAAGCUUUCAAAAACAUUCCAAAUAUCUGAUUAUUCCAUACCAAAAUUAUUGUCCCCUAAAGAGUUUUUCAAACUCGAAAGCACGGCAAAGAAAAAGUACUUCCGUCUGUUGUUUCAAAAACACCAAACUGGCGCCAGAGAAAUUUGCAACGAUCUUCAUGUAAAACCAACCACAGAAACAUCGAGUUCCUCAAUUUAUCCUAGUGGAACAUCGAGUUUCUCAGUUUAUCCUAGUGGAACAUCGAGUUUCUCAGUUUAUCCUAGUGGAACAUCGAGUUCCUCAGUUUAG